AUGUUAGUAGAAAAUAGGACUCGUCAAGUUGUCAUUGAGGAAAUAUUUACUGAGUGUCCGCUGUAUGCAGAUAAUGAGAUAUUUGGCUAUCGGACUCAAGGCUGCCGGCAAACCCUCUGCAUUGUGGGAUCCAUCUUUUCACUUGGAAUCCUCUCUUUGGUGUUUUACUGGAGACCAGCUUGGCACGUUUGGGCACAUUGUGUUCCAUGCUCCUUGCAAGAAGCAGACGUUGUGUUGCUGAGAACAACAGAUGAAUUCCAAACUUACUCUUGGAAAAAGGUAACGUGGAUCUACCUGUCAGCAUCAAAUGGCACAUUUAGUCUCAGCCCCGACCACCCUCUCAUUACAGAUGAGGAUUAUAUCAUAAAUAGAGCCAUAAGAAAGCCAGACCUAAAGGUGAGAUACAUAAAAGUGCAGAAAAUAAGAUAUGUUUGGGACAACUUGGAAGGACGGUUCCAGAAAAUUGGCUCUUUGGAAGACUGGCUCAGUUCUGCCAAGAUACAUCUAAAAUUUGGAUCAGGUCUAACAAGGGAAGAACAAGAAAUUAGGAGAUUAAUAUGCGGGCCUAAUACUAUCAGUGUUGAAAUCACACCAAUUUGGAAACUGCUCGUCAAAGAGGUUCUAAAUCCAUUUUACGUGUUUCAGCUCUUCAGUGUCUGUCUGUGGUUUAGUGAAGACUAUAUGGAGUAUGCUUUUGCCAUCAUAAUCAUGUCCAUCAUGUCCAUAGCUUUGACAGUAUAUGACCUCAGAGAGCAAUCUGUAAAACUCCACCGUCUAGUUGAGUCACAUAACAGCAUCACGGUUUCUGUAUGUAGGAGAAAAGCUGGAAUUCAAGAGCUGGAGUCACGCUUCCUGGUGCCUGGAGAUUUAUUAAUUUUGAUGGGGAACAAAGUUCAAAUGCCAUGUGAUGCCAUUUUGAUUGAUGGCAGCUGUGUGGCAGACGAAGGCAUGCUGACAGGAGAAAGUAUUCCAGUCACUAAAACUCCACUACCCAAGCUGGAUAGCUCUGUGCCCUGGAAAACACAGAGAGAAGCGGAUUACAAACGGCAUGUCCUCUUCUGUGGGACGGAGGUUAUCCAGGCCAAGGCGGCUUGUUCUGGGGCCGUGAGAGCAGUGGUUUUGCAGACUGGAUUCAGCACUGCAAAGGGGGACCUUGUGAGAUCCAUUCUCUAUCCCAAGCCAAUGAAUUUUAAGCUCUACAGGGAUGCCAUCAGGUUUCUCCUGUGCCUUGUGGGGACAGCCACCAUUGGGAUGAUCUAUACUCUGUGUGUCUAUGUGCUCAGUGGGGAACCUCCCGAGGAGAUGGUAAAGAAAGCCCUUGAUGUCAUCACAAUUGCUGUUCCCCCUGCUCUGCCUGCAGCUCUGACCACGGGCAUUAUCUAUGCCCAGAGGAGGCUGAAGAAGAAAGGCAUCUUCUGCAUUAGCCCCCAGAGGAUCAACGUGUGUGGACAAUUAAACCUUGUCUGCUUUGACAAGACAGGCACCUUAACGAGGGAUGGCUUGGAUCUCUGGGGACUCGUGCCCUGUGAUAAGAAUGGCUUCCAGGAAGUCCACAGCUUUGCCUCAGGCAAGGCUUUGCCAUGGGGUCCGCUGUGUGCGGCCAUGGCCAGCUGCCAUUCUCUGAUCCUUCUUGAUGGGACCAUCCAAGGAGAUCCUCUGGACCUCAAAAUGUUUGAAGCCACCACCUGGGAAAUGGCUAUUUCUGAGGACAAUUUCCACAUCAAGGGACUGCCAGCACAGGCCGUGGUAGUUACGCCCUGCAAGACAGCCAGCCAGGUCCCAGUGGAAGGAAUUGCAAUCCUGCAUCAGUUCCCGUUCUCAUCAGCGCUGCAGAGGAUGACAGUCAUUGUCCAAGAGAUGGGGGGUGACCGACUGGCAUUCAUGAAAGGUGCACCUGAAAGGGUGGCCAGCUUUUGCCAACCUGAGACAGUACCAACUAGUUUUGUUAGUGAACUUCAGAUUUACACAACGCAGGGCUUCCGGGUCAUUGCACUGGCCUACAAGAAGCUGGAAACUGACCACCACACCACUGCCUUGACCAGGGAGAAGGUGGAAUCAGACCUGAUAUUUCUGGGAUUGCUAAUCUUGGAGAAUCAAUUGAAGGAAGAGACGAGACCUGUCCUGGAAGAGCUCAUCUCGGCCCGGAUAAGGACAGUAAUGAUCACAGGUGACAAUCUUCAGACUGCAAUAACAGUGGCCAGAAAAUCUGGGAUGGUUCCUGAAAGCCAGAAAGUCAUUCUCAUUGAGGCAAAUGAAACCACUGGGUCCUCAUCAGCAUCUAUAUCUUGGAAAUUAGUAGAAGAGAAGAAACAGAUUGCAUAUGGGAAUCAGGACAAUUACAUUAACAUCAGGGAAGAAGUCUCUGAUAAUGGCGGAGAAGGAAGUUACCAUUUUGCCCUAAGUGGAAAAUCUUUUCAUGUUAUAACUCAACAUUUCAGCAGCCUACUGCCAAAGAUACUGAUUAAUGGGACCAUCUUUGCAAGAAUGUCUCCUGGGCAGAAAUCCAGUCUGGUGGAAGAAUUUCAGAAACUGGAUUACUUUGUAGGCAUGUGCGGUGAUGGAGCCAAUGACUGUGGGGCUUUGAAAAUGGCUCAUGUGGGCAUCUCUUUAUCAGAGCAGGAGGCAUCUGUGGCCUCACCUUUCACUUCCAAAACUCCAAACAUUGAGUGCGUACCUCGCCUCAUCAAGGAAGGACGCGCAGCUCUUGUUACCUCAUUUUGCAUGUUUAAGUACAUGGCUCUGUACAGCAUGAUUCAGUAUGUUGGUGUUCUGCUGCUCUACUGGCUGGUUUCAAGCUGCCUACCUGAUGUUACUCGAUGUGGAGCAGGGAAGAGAUUGAAUCUGAAUGGUGCCUACCCCAAGCUGGUGCCUUUCAGACCUGCAGGACGGCUGAUCUCCCCACCUCUGCUGCUCUCUGUGAUCCUCAACAUUCUUCUCAGCCUGGCCAUGCAUAUUGUGGGCUUCAUCCUGGUUCAGAGGCAGCCUUGGUAUUCCAUGGAGAUGCACAG